AUGUACCCCAACACUCUUGCUGCCAUUGCGGCACUGUCCUUUGUCCCCUAUGUUGCCUCACAGGCCCAAGGCACAGCAACUGUCAACCUAGCCCAGGGAAUUGGAAAGCCCCAGGCUCUUGGUUCAGGCUUCAUCUACGGCUUUCCUGACAAUGGGACCCACGCAGACAACGCGAUUCCAGACAACCUGGUAACCGACAUCAAGUUCAACGCAAACCGUGGCGGUGGUGCGCAGAUCCCCGCUCCUGGUUGGGCCACUGGAGGCUUGAAAGGAUAUCAAAGCCGUUUCCAAUCAACCCUAUCCAACUAUCUCACCACGCGCAAGUAUAACGCUGAUUUCAUCCUACUGCCCCAUGACCUUUGGGGUGCGGAUGGCGGGCAGAGCUCAGAGUCUCCUUUUCCUGGAGAUAAUGGCAAUUUUACUGAGAUGGAAAUGUUCUGGAAGCAGCUCAUUUCCGACCUAAAAGCCAAUAAUAUGCUUCAAGGACUUGUGAUUGAUGUUUGGAAUGAGCCUGAUAUAACGUCCUUUUGGAAUCGCCCGUGGCCUCAGUACCUAGAAUAUUACAAUCGGGCCACCAAACUCAUCAGGAAAGAGCUUCCUGGCGCAGUUCUCAGUGGUCCAUCCAUGGCAGAUUCCCCAAAUCUGAAAAACAGCAAAUGGUCGACCUGGGUGGAAUCUGUCGCUGGUAACGGGACGAUACCUGAUCGUUUUUCCUGGCACCAGAUUGGAACUUGGUCGCGUGAGCCCGACGUGACCAUCCCGGAUUUUGCUACUUUGCGAGCGCGAUCCGGAGUGCCCAUGAAGCCAGUUGACGUCAAUGAGUAUGCCGCUCUCGAGGAACAGAACCCAGCCAACUCAGUCUAUUACCUCGCUCAGUUGGAGCGCUACAAUAUCAGAGGCCUGCGUGCAAACUGGGCUAGCGGAUCUGAACUGCACAACUGGAUGGGCAAUCUGGUCUACAGCACUACUGGUACUUCAACUGGCACCUACUACCCCAAUGGUGAAUGGCAGGUUUACAAGUACUACGCUGCCAUGACAGGCGAAAGGGUCUCGACGGUAGCUGCGGCGGAUAAGAAGUUUGAUGUAUUUGCUACCAAGGAUGGCAAGACUGUCAAGAUUCUAGCCGGCACCAGGACCAUCAAGGCAGCAUACGACAUUAAUGUUAAUGGAUUAAGCGCUGUGGGCUUUCCCAAACAGGGGACUGUCAAGGUCCGAACUCUUCGGUUCGACUGGGCUGGGCCAAAGGGAAAGAUGGGCAACCCUGUUGAUCUUGGAACAAAGGGUUUUACAUAUUCGUCUGACAAGUUGACGAUUGCGGUUAAUCCGCCUACUAAUUCCACGGCCUUUGCCUUUGAGCUUUCCAUGUAG